AUGGAUGAGUUAUUGAAGCAAAUCGACAACAAACGUGAAUUGGUACGAGUUACGCGUGACGCCCUCAAGCGAGCGAUUGAAAAUAGAAGUUUAACAAGCAUCGAGCGACAAAAGGGAACUAUAACUAAAACUGCGAACGAAAUCUACGAGCUAAAAGUAAACGUACAAGCGAUUAGAAUUGGAAAGGGAGACAAUGCUGAGGAUAUUCAAACAUGGACAGAAAAUGUUGAUCAAGAACUUGAGAUAUGGGACAGAGAAAUAAAUGAUGCAAGCAAAGCCACGACGGAAUGGAAACAACAAGAGGACAAAGAAACUACCAUGCGAGAACAGGAGAAGAUAGCUGAAACACGACGCGAAAUCCAUAAGGAACAACUGGAAUUUGAUAAGGUACAAUUCGAACAGAAAUUACAACAUGAAAUGAAAUUAGAGAAGGCACGAAAGGAACACGAGAAAGCGGCGAGUACAAAUGUUAAACUACCAAAGCUUGGCAUCACUAAAUUCAACGGGACACCAUUAGAUUGGAUGCGCUUCUGGAAUCUAUUCGAAGCCGAAAUCGACCACACAGACGUGGCACCUGUAUCGAAGUUCGCCUAUUUAAAAGAAUUAGUCUGCCCAAAAGUGAGAUCGUGCAUCGACGGACUACCAUUUUCUACCGAAGGCUAUGAGCGUGCAAAGAAUAUUCUCAAGACCAAGUAUGGAGACAGUAGCGAGAUCGUGAAUGCGUAUGUACAAAAUAUAAUGUUUCUUCCAACCAUACAGGGAUCCAAUGCCGGUAAGAUUCAUGAUUUUUAUGAUAAACUGUUGUUCAAUGUACAAUCUUUAGAAACUUUGGGAAAGUUAAAGGAAGUAAAUGGGUAUGUUCGCAUGUGUUUAAAUAAAUUAGAGGGAAUACGGGGUGAUUUAGUCAGAACGGACGAUGAUUGGCGCCAGUGGGAUUUUAUUAAAUUGGUAGACGCGCUUAGGAAAUGGACGGAGAGAAAUUCUGUCAAAAUGCAUGUGCAUGAUAGAUCAAGUGAUAAAUCGGACAGGCAAUCUAAUUUAAGUCGAAUGAAUGCAUUCCAAGCACGCCAACGCGAAGCAAAACAGAGACGGUGCGUUUACUGUAAUGAGAUUAGCCACGCGUCAAUCAAUUGUCCCAAAAUAGUUUCUUCUGUUGAUCGGAAAAAAUACCUUAGCGAAAAGCGGUUGUGUUUUAAUUGUACUGGGGCCGAGCAUCGUGCGUCCGAUUGCCGCAGCCGAUCUAGUUGUACAAAAUGUAGACGUAGACACCAUACAUCGAUUUGCGACGCCUCGAGCGAGAAUAUGCCUCCCGCUGAGCCCACGAAUGACAGGCUAUUAAAUACCGCGACUAAUGCAAAUAGGCCUGUAGUGUAUCCAGUUGUUGUCGUUGACAUAAAUGGGGUUAAAUGUCGCGCCUUAAUUGAUACGGGGGCGGGAAGUUCUUAUGCCUCGUCAGCACUCCUUGACACCAUAAAAGCUCAACCCCAAAAGAAAGAAAUCCGUUGCGUUGAAAUGAUGUUUGGCACUUCAACAAAAAUGGUUGGAAUUUAUAAUAUAAAAAUAAGCGACACGAGUAAUAAAUUUCAUAUUGAGACCGAGGUAACCCGAGUCGAGAGAAAUGAACUGUUGACACUGGAUAAUCCAAAGUAUAAAGAGAUUAUCGCUAAUUACUCACAUCUUGAAGGAGUAAUUAUGCCAGAUAAAGACGAGAAAGAACGCCUGCCCGUGCAUCUAAUCCUAGGGACUGGGGACUACUCGAAGAUUAAAACACCAUCAAAACCAAGGGUCGGAUCCCCCGGUGAGCCUGUCGCUGAGCUCACAAAAUUUGGCUGGACAAUCAUGUCCCCCGGUGAGGAAAUAAAUCUGAAUAACAUGCUUUUAACCCAAGUACAUUGCGAAGAUUACGAACAGUUAUGUAGAUUAGAUGUCCUAGGUUUACGAGAUUCGGCAACAGGGGAUCAGCAAAAUGUUUACAGCGAGUUUAAAGAACAACUAACGAGAAGCGAGGAGGGCUGGUACGAGACAAAUUUACCGUGGAAGGGAAACCACCCCCCUUUACCUAGCAACAAAUCUGGUAGCUUAAAACGUCUAGAUAACCUAGUCAAAAAUUUAGACAAACAGAACAUUAUCGAACAGUAUGACGAAAUUAUCAAAGAGCAGAUCAAGGAAGGAAUCGUAGAAAAGGUCGAUACGGAAGCACAAGAUAGAGAGUUCUACUUACCCCAUAAAGCAGUGAUUAGAGAAUCAGCAGAAACAACGAAACUAAGGAUCGUGUACGACGCAUCAGCACGGGAAAACCAGAAUUCCCCUUCCUUGAACGAAUGUCUUGAAACCGGACCACCCCUGCAGAACCACCUUUGGCAAGUCCUGGUUCGUGGGAGAUUUCAUCCAGUGGCUCUAACUGGGGACCUGAAGCAAGCGUUCCUUCAGGUUCGAAUACGUGAAGAAGAUCGUGACGUCAUGCGAUUUCAUUGGUUCAAGGACUUGAAGACCAAGGAAGUAGUGACACUUCGCUUCACGAGAGCCCUGUUCGGACUGUCUCCUUCCCCAUUCCUACUCGGUGGUGUUAUCCAACAACAUCUCGAGAAACACGUAGAACAACAUCCAGAAAUCGUGAAAGAAAUCAACAAGAGUUUGUAUGUCGACGAUUUGGUCAGCGGUGGAAAAACAGUCGAGAAAGCCCAGCAACUCAAAGAAACGGCCAGCGAGAUCUUCAACGACGCGACAUUCCAGCUCCAUAAGUGGCAUUCAAACGUCCCUGCCCUUGAAGACGCACAAACCCCUUUACCAUCGUCCACUGGAGAGACAUUCGCGAAACAGCAGCUUGGAGUCAAAUCGGGCCAAUCAGCACUACUCGGUCUUUCCUGGGACAAGAAAGAUGACGUCAUAAAAAUCGAGAUACCGUCCGGAAAAGCACAAGCAACCAAACGAGGAAUACUUAAGCCGAGUGAUGGUGGCAUUCUUGAAUGUCAUGGCAGAAUACAAGGAGCCUUCCCAACCUACCUCCCAGACAAUGACAUGUACACCGAGAGACUAGUGGAACAUGCCCACAAUGUGACCCUUCAUGGGGGAGUGGGUCUGACUAUGGCUAAGGUACGACAGAGCCACUGGAUUCCACGACUGAGGAGACUUACUAGAAGAGUUAUCAAGAACUGUUUCGGAUGUAGACGGUUCCAUGCAACACAUUUUUCAAACCCACGACCUGGGAAAUUACCGAAAGAUCGGACUGAGGUUGAUUUGCCUUUCCAAGUCGUAGGGGUCGACUACGCGGGUCCAAUUAGGUACCAGAAUCGGGGAAAGUGGAAAAAGAAAGUGGGUAAAGACGGUAUUGUACGGGGAGCGAAACUGCGAGUAGGACAGAACACAUUAGGACGAGCAGUUCAACAUCUAUACCCUAUGGAACUAUCCUGUGACAUAGCCGUAAAGACGCCAGAGUCGAGACCAAGAGAAACAGAACUGAGAGCUGAUGUACCCGAGUUCAGACCAAAGAGAAAUGCUGCAACGAUAGCAGAAUGUCGUAUUCAGGACAUAGCAGGUGACGAACAGAAUUAG